UCCAAAUUUUGACAGUCGCGCAAUCACAUACACACGAAAAAUUGCUUCCUUUAGAAAAACAGUGAAAUUACUCGGAAAAGCUGAAAUUUUAAUACUUUUUUAAAGAAUGAAAAAUAGUUUUUAAUAAAUUCAAACCACAAUGGCACAAUUGCUGCGUGGCUCAUAUGGGUUUAACCUAAAACAUGCUGUGCUCCGACCGGCUUUACUUAAUGUGCCGCGGCUGAAUUUCUCAUCACUCAAUGGAGGAACGGUGAAUACCAAAUUUAAGAGUCGAAGUUUCUUGCAUGCUGUACCGCCGGGCGGGACAUUUAAUGUCGGUGUAAGGAGUUACGGGAUGAUUGUUGCAAGAGUUAUUCGUGGUGCAUUGAGACUUCGAUAUCUAGUCUUGGGUGGAGCUAUAACCGGCGGUGUUACAUUGAACAAAAGAUACGAGGAAUGGAAAGACGGAUUGCCGGACAUGAAAUGGCUGGAAGAUAUUUUCCCAGACAAUCAACAGUGGAAACAGUUCUCCAAAGAUUUGGCUGUGGUUACAAAAUCCGUUGCCGAAACAAUUGAAAUCGAUCCGAGACUCAAGCAAUUGGGCGAGCAAAAAGUGGCUGAAUGGAGAACCUGGUUCGAUAGUCGAUUGGACGACGCUAUCGAAGCUGCAGCUACAAAGGAAAAUCAACAACUUGAAGGUUCGUUCCAGAGUUUAUCGGAACUUGUGUCCCAAGUCUAUGGAGUUGCCAAGGACGAGAUUCGGAUCAAAAAUAUUGUGAACGCGAAGACCCUGAACACCGAUGACUCGCGCCGGAAAUACGAAACCCUGCAACAGCAAAACGAGGCACUGCAAACGGAGAUCAUGAACGUGCAAAUCAAAUACCAAAAGGAAAUGGAAAAACUGGAAAAGGAGAAUCGGGAUCUGAGGCAACAGUUUCUGAUCAUGAAAACGAAUCGCAAAACUGGCACUAAGAAGAUCAAGAAAUCUUUGAUCGACAUGUAUUCGGAAGUGUUGGAUGAGUUGUCCGGCUACGACACCACCUAUUCCACAGCCGAUCACUUACCGCGUGUCGUCGUUGUCGGUGAUCAAAGCAGUGGUAAGACGUCAGUAUUGGAAUCCGUAGCUCGAGCGAGAAUCUUUCCGCGUGGUAGUGGUGAAAUGAUGACAAGAGCACCGGUCAAGGUAACAUUAUCUGAAGGACCGUAUCAUGUGGCUCAGUUUAGAGGCUCGGACAGAGAAUACGAUCUGACGAAAGAAACUGAAUUGGCCGAACUAAGAAGAGAAGUGGAACUUCGCAUGAGAGCGUCGGUUCGAGGUGGUAAGACAGUUAGCAACGAUGUUAUUUCGAUGACGGUAAAAGGUCCCGGUCUGCAGCGUAUGGUUUUGGUGGAUCUUCCCGGAAUCAUUUCAACGAUGACGGUUGAUAUGGCUGCCGAUACCAAAGACUCCAUUCAUCAGAUGACCAAGCAUUACAUGAGCAAUCCGAAUGCUAUCAUUCUUUGCAUUCAAGACGGUUCCGUUGACGCUGAGCGUAGCAACGUUACCGAUCUGGUGAGCCAGUGUGAUCCAACGGGAAAGCGAACCAUUUUCGUAUUGACUAAGGUGGAUUUGGCGGAAGAGUUGGCCAAUCCGGAUCGGAUACGAAAAAUUUUGGCCGGCAAAUUGUUUCCGAUGAGAGCGUUGGGUUACUUUGCUGUUGUAACUGGACGAGGCCGGAAAGACGACACUAUCGAAAGUAUUAAGGAUUACGAGGAGCGUUUCUUCAAAAAUUCGAAGUUGUUCCAGAGUGGUGUGAUAAUGCCUCACCAGGUUACGUCCCGCAAUUUAAGUUUAGCUGUGUCCGAUCGUUUUUGGAAAAUGGUCAGAGAGACCAUUGAACAGCAGGCGGAUGCUUUUAAGGCCACAAGAUUUAACCUCGAAACGGAGUGGAAGAACAAUUUUCCGAGGCUACGCGAAUCUGGUCGUGACGAAUUAUUCGAAAAGGCCAAGGGCGAAAUCCUAGACGAAGUGGUAAACCUGUCACAAACGUCGGCCAAAAAAUGGGAAGAUUUGCUGACGGACAAGUUGUGGGAAAAGCUGUCCAAUUACGUGUUUGAGAAUAUUUAUCUACCGGCCGCUCAGUCAGGUUCUGAAAAUUCAUUCAACACAAUGGUCGACAUCAAACUGAGACAAUGGGCCGAACAAGCAUUACCGGCAAAAUCGGUGGAAUCCGGAUGGGAAGCACUGCAGGCCGAAUUCAACGAACUCAUACAGAAAGCCAAAAAACUUCCCGACCAUGACGGAAUUUUUGAUAAUCUAAAAGCAUGCGUGGUUGAUGAAUCGGUGAAGCGACACACCUGGGAGGACAAGGCCAUCGAUAUGUUAAGAGUAAUUCAGCUGAACACGUUGGAAGAUCGUUCCGUGCACGACAAACAGGAAUGGGAUCAGGCGGUCAAGUUUUUCGAAUCAUCCGUCAAGGAUAAAUUAGCGCACACCGAACAAACGCUGACGGAAAUGUUGGGACCGUCGACGACACAGAAGUGGUUGCGUUGGACAAGUUCAACGGAAGAUCAAAGUAAACGGAGUUGGGUAAAAUCGGAAUUGGAUAAAAUCAUUCAGAGUGAUACGAAACAUUCGCCGGUUCUCAGUUACGAUGAAUUGACAACAGUUCGGAAAAAUCUGCAACGUUCCAAUGUAGAAGUGGAAACGGAUUAUAUUCGUGAAACGUGGUAUCCUAUCUAUAGAAGACACUUUCUCAAACAAUCUCUCCUACGAGCUUAUGAUUGUCGUAAAGCUUAUUACCUCUACUCACAAGGUAGCGAAAAUGUGAUAAACUGCAGUGACAUUGUUCUGUUCUGGCGCAUACAACAAGUUAUCAAGGUGACCGCAAACGCGUUACGGCAACAAAUUAUCAAUCGUGAAGCACGACGCUUGGACAAGGAGAUCAAAGCUGUGCUGGACGAAUUCAGUGACGAUGAAGAUAAGAAAGUUCAAUUGUUGGUUGGCAAACGGGUUACAUUAGCUGAGGAACUGAUUCGAGUUCGUCAGAUUCAGGAGAAGCUGGAAGAAUUCAUUAAUGCUCUGAAUCAGGAGAAGUAAAAUCGGCUCUGGAUACUGGAAUGCUUUUAUUGUAAAAAAAUAAUUUCUUUUUUGUUGUUGUUGCUUACAAAGUGUGAGGAAAAUCUAAUUUUAAUUGAAUUCAAAGUGAGCGAGAAACGAAGUUGUUCAAUUCAGUUUUUAAUUGUCGUAUGGCAUUAUUAGGUUUUGAUUUUGAUGCAGUGCCAGAAUGUUAUUUAAAAACAAAAAUUAAAUUAAUUUUCAUUUCCCUUAAGUCAUUUCACAGGACUGUGCAUUUUAAAAUCGAAAAUUUAGUCUUUGUCAUUACAAUCAAAAUGGAAUUUUGUUUAAAUAAAACGUAAUUAUAGAA